GCUGAUCCCCGAGGCACGCGGGGCAUCCGGUGGCAUCGUGGACGCAAGCCAGACCAGCCUUUGUAUGUGCCCCGGGUGCUGCGCAAGCAAGAAGAGUGGGCACCGACCUCUACCCCGGGGCUCAAGGGAGAGGCCCCAGCUGGCAAGGUCCAGGAAGAGCCUGGAGAUGUUGGCGCUGGGGACCCCAACUCUGAUCAGGGAGUUCCUGUGUUGAUGACUCAGGGAACAGAGGACCUACGGGGCCAAAGCUGUGACAAUGAGCCACUGCCAGACCCCGUUGGCACUGAACCCCUGAGGCCCAAGUGCCACUCAGGGAAGGGAGACAGGGUAGAGACGGCCAUGCAGCUUGGGUCCAACCUACAGCUGGCCCUGGAAGAAGGAAAUGGGAGUCAGCAGGAGAAGAGUCUUGCGGCCGAGGAGGAAGAGGAAAAGGAAGAGGAGGUGGAGGAGGAGGGGCCCGGCAGCUGCUCUGACGACGAUUACAGUGAGCUGCUACAAGAGAUCACAGACAACUUGACUGAGAAGGACAUUCAGAUAGAGAGGGUCCACGUGGACACGUCCUCCUUCGUAGAGGAGCUGCCUGGAGAGAAGGACUUUGCCCAUGUGGUGGAGAUCUAUGAUUUUGAGCCAGCACUCAAGACCGAGGACCUCUUGGCAGAGUUUUCUGAGUUCCAAGAGAAGGGGCUCAAGAUCCAGUGGGUGGACGACACCCAUGCACUCGGCAUCUUUCCCUGCCUGGCCUCAGCUACUGACGCCCUGACCAGGGAGUUCUCAGCACUCAAGAUCCGGCCCCUCCUGCAGGGAACUAAGCAGUCAAAGCUCAAAGCCUUGCAGAGGCCAAAGCUCCUGCGUCUGACAAAGGAGAGACCACAGACAAAUACGGCAGUGGCCCGGAGGCUGGUGGCCCAGGCCCUGGGGCUCCAACACAAAAAGAAAGAGCAGCCUGCUGUCUAGAGUGUCUGCCAUCCUGAGUCCCAAGAGUCCUGUCAAGCUGGAUCUGCAUCCCAGGACUACACCGGGGCCCAACACCACAAGCCUUUACAGACACCAAACAGCCCUGCACCAUUACUGAAGCUUCAUUGUGAGGCAUGGUGAGCUUUAGUUUGUCUAGUCCCAGAAGUUGAGAAAAAAUAAAAACUUAAAAGUUGCUUUAA